CUCUCUCAUUCUGUUCUAUAUUUAUUUGACCUCUGCUUUCCUGUUACACCCAAAUGUGCUGUAACGCAAAAACUGAAAAGCUUUUGUGACAACAAAGCAUAAAAUCCAACAGGUAACAACCAAAUUAACUGUAUUUAGACAGCGUUAAAAUGAAAACUCUUUCAUGUCUUUGUGAAAAUUUCAGGGAGUUUUUAUUCAGACUGAAGCUGCUCCACCAUUACAACCAGAAAGAAACCUGAGUAGAUCUCACAAAAAAGACGACCUGAACAUUAAAGUCAAUUUAUUUGUUGCUGUGCAGGUGUGUGUUAUGUGCAGUGUUGUAGAUGUGUCAGAGGACCUGUAUAUGUAAAAACCUGCUUUACUCAGCACUCAUUGGUCAGAUCAGAGAAAAAAAUAAAAACUGUCUUGGCUGCAUCUCAGAAGGCUGCAGUGGUUUGAUGCUGACAAAAUCUGUCUUCCUUAAACCUCCAUCAGAAGCAGGCUCAGGGAGGGGCGGCCAUGUGCCGUGAGCGGUUGGAGUUGAGUGGAAGAAGACAGGACAAGGACACGCUGUAGAAGAGAGCCAGAGAUCAAUAAUAAGGAAUGAUUAAAUGCAGAGAGGUGCAUAAACACACGUCUUUGUCUCCCUCCCCUCAGAGGGCGGGCCCUCCCUGAGGCUGAGCUCAUUGCUGAACAGAAAGUGUUCUGUGUGCAUGUUAUCAGCUACUGACUCAUGGAGGAAAGUAGCUGAUAUCAGUGAAAGGAGUAGAAGGAGACAUGAAACAGCUGGGCUUAUAAAACUGCUGCGUCAUCUGUGUCGCAGUGAUAUCAUUUCAUGCUGAUGAAUGAUGCCACCCAGAGAUGCAGCAGACGAACAUCUCAGGAUCGUGAUGGUUGGGAAAACUGGAGCUGGGAAGAGUGCAGCAGGAAACAUCAUCUUAGAAAGAAGAGUUUUUAAAUCCACUUCAGCUUCAUCUUCGAUAACAGCAGAGUGUCAGAAGGAAACAUCAGAGUUUGGGGGUCAAACACUGGCUGUAGUUGAUACUCCAGGUCUGUUUGAUACCAAACUAUCUCAAGAGCAGGUGGUGAAAGAGAUCAGUAAGUGUAUCUCCUUUGCUGCUCCUGGUCCUCACGUGUUCCUGGUUGUGAUCCAACCAAACAGAUUUACCAAAGAAGAACAAGAAACAGUGAAAAUCAUUCAGAAGAUAUUCGGAGAUGAAGCAGCACGCUACACUAUGGCCUUGUUCACCCACGGAGACGAUCUGGAAGCAGAUGAAGUCAGUGUAGAAGAUUUAAUUAAUGGAAAUAAAGAACUCAGUGACUUCAUCAGUCAGUGUGAGGGAGGAUAUCAUGUUUUUAACAACAGAGUAAAGGAUCCCUCUCAGGUCAAAGAGCUGAUGAAGAAGAUCAACACAAUGGUCCAGAGAAACGGAGGAAGCUGCUACAGCAAAGAGAUGUUUGAAGAAGCUGAGAAAGCAAUAAAAGCAGAAAUGGAUCGACUCCUGGAAGAAAAUCCAGAGAUGUCAGAAGAAGAAGCCAGAAGACGGGCAGAAAGAAAAAACGAGUACAUCAGGGCUUGUGGGAUAGGGGCGAGCGUUGGAAGUGUCUUAGGCCCAGUGGGAGCAGCAGCGGGAGCAGGAGUGGCAGCUGUAGUUGUAGCACUGAAACAUGCAUGUGCCAUACAGUGAAGGUGAAGAAUGAAGAUUCAUCAUCUACAUAUUUCCACCUCAGAGUUGGUACAUAUGAGUUGGUAUGCAGACGACUCAGCACUAUACUCAAAAUUAAUGCAGUGGAAUAGAACAGAAAUAUAUCCCACUAUUAUAAAUACACAGCAUUAUAUGGCCAUAUCAGACCUAUAAUGGAAAAAUUCUAGUUAACCCUCACAUGUAGAUUUAGGUGGUUAGAACUUCACUGCAUGAUUUUGCACAGCUAUGCAUGUUUAGAUGGCUGAGAAUAAAAGAGGAGCUGAGACGCCCCAGAGUUGACUGUGAACUGUGAUGUUUGAUGUGUGUCUGUUCUCCUGUGAGUAGUAAGAAAUACUUUGACCGCAGCUCUUUCUGUGUUGCAGACUUCAGUUACAAAAUUCCACGACAGAAUGCAAACAGCUUGUUGAUUGGAUGAGAAUCUUGGAGCUGCAUGAGCAAAUGUAACUAUGUUCACCAAUGAAGGUCAUGUUUUCUGUGUUUCCAUUUAUGCAUAAAUCAAUACACUUGUGAUGUAAAUGAGUAUAGUAAUGUAAAUGUAGUCCUCUUACAUACUGAAUACUGCAUUGUUCGUGGCUGCAUGAGAGAGAGGCUCUCCUGCUGGUACAGCAGACAUUACUGUCUCUUCAUGCUGGAGGUGGGACAUAAAUUCCCACUGUGGGCGAGCCCUGUCACUCUGACCAGCUGCUGCUGAAUGUGCUCCUUGUGUUUGGACCACACAGUGUGUAUGAACAAUAAAGCUGUGCAAAGUUCUCAACACAGUGUUUAAUACUAAAAUCAUAGCAUGAACUUCAUGUAUGUUCUACCAGAGUAAUAAAUAAAAGACAUCAAAUAAC